UUUCACAGCAUGAGCGUGCAUCGCAGCUUCAGAAGAUUGCGAAGCGGUUUGAGUUUCAUCCGUGAGCCUUAAACUUUGAUGGCAUUACUGGAUGCGCGUUUUGCAAGUUCAAUGCGUUAAAACAAAGAGUCUCCAGGAUUCUAACGCGGAUUAAACAUUUGUUUUGAACAGGAGAAGUUUGGACACGGAGUCGAUGUGGAGAUGCGUUGUAAAUCAAGUCUUAUUGGAUAACUCCGCAAAAGAGAAACGUCAGCAGACACUGAGGAGCCUUUACCAUGCAGGGAUACACAUGGAGCUCAAAUCAACGUCCUUCACAAAGGUACCAAGAUCGGCCUCCACCACAAUACCAAGAACGACUUCAACCCCAAAUCCAAGAUCGGCCUCCACCACAAUACCAAGAAUGCCUUCAACCUCAAUACCAAGAUCGGUCUCCACCUCAGUACCAUGAAAGGUCUCAACCUCAGUGCCAAGAACAAUUCCCACCUAAUUACCGUGCUGUCAGAAAGGAUCGAUCCAGUGCAUUUCAGGUACAUCUCAUCCCGCAACAUCAUAACACAUUAGAGACAAGAUAUUCCAAUGGACAACAAGAGGCUGCAAAUCAGUGGAAUGCUUGCUCAGGCAGUGCAAAUUCUUCUACAUUUCAACAAAACUCAAAUGGAUAUGAUUGGUUAAAACGGACAAACCAGAUCCAUUGCCAGCAACCAUUUGCAGCUGCCCACACAUGGCAGCAACACCCAUCUGACAACCCCAGUGCAUAUAGAUGUCAUGGCCAAAUGGUUCAAUGGCAUGAUUUCUCCCCACAGAACCACAGAAACACAGGCUGUAAAGCUCCAAUGUAUUGGUCUCCACAGUCAGACGAUGGCAGCUCUGUGGGUAACACCAGAGGUUGGAGUUCCCACAUUUCCAACAAAGGAAGCUCUUGUUCCAUGAACAAUCAGCAACAAUCUCAAGCUCCUAGAAAGGCUGCUCAUCAUCAUCAUCAACAACAACAACAAGAGUUCUCUAGACAAUAUUCAGGCAAAAAACGAAGAUGCAACCAACAAUACUCUUCUCAGACCUUCCAAAAAAAUCCUAACAAUCAAGCUCAGAGCAGAACUGAGACAUAUCGUACCUCAUGCAACUCUACAACACCACCUUCUGGAGCACAGAGCAAUGUUUCAUUGCCUUCCAAUAAUUUAAACCAAAGACCUGUUGAUCAGAACUGGCCAGAACUUAGGUCAAAUGCAGGUCCAGGUGUAUCAGCGACCCAGCCUCAGAAUAAUCAUAAUGCUGGACAUCAGUCUCAGGGCACAAACAAUGGGACAUGCAACACUUAUCAGACCUCUCAAAUGACACAGAGCAGAAAAGUCCAGCUUCAGCCCCACUCUGAAACUCAUUUUAACUUGUCAUCUUAUGCUGACUCUUGUUUGUAUAGAUUACUGUGUUCAGAUGAUAAUGAACUAACAGAUGAAAGAGCUGCACAUCAGAACACUCAUCCAGAAAAUUCAGAGGUUUGUGCAACCAAAAGAACUGACAAUCACUCAAAGGGACCAAGAGCACAGUGUACAGUUGAACCGCCCAGCAAAAGAAUGAAGUAUGCUAAGAUUCAGCGAGACUGUUGGAACAAAGAAACAACAGUGUCCAAAGACAAAAGUGAUUUUAGGGUGCAAUCUGCUCAAACUGGUACCCAUCUGACAAGUAGCGAUGAGAACAGAUGUAAAGGAACGAGGCUACACAACAUACAGUACAGUACGGACCCAGCAGACUGUCUUGAAGUGGUGUUUGCACUUCAGAAAGCUGCUCAGCAAACCCACAAGGCCAUAGCCAUUGUUUCACCCAUUUCCCAGCAGAUCCAAAACACUGAACCGACCGCUGAUACCAGCCCCCAAAAAGCUGAAAGUCCACAGUUAAAGAUUGAUUGCGUUUGGUCACUUUUUGAAGAGUCUAACGAACAAAAAACUGUAAAUGACAAGCUAUCGGAAUCCUCUUUACAAAUGGCUCAACAGGACAACAAAAACCUUGAAAAUACGGCUGAAAGCAACAUCGCAAACCCUGAUGCAUGCUCCGCUAACCCGGAUGAAUAUCAAAAUGAUUUGCAGCAAAGUGACUGUGAUUCAAGUGAUCCUUUAUAUGACUUGUCCAGUGUGCCAGUGAUUGACCACACACUGGAGAAACUAAUGGACUUAGCAAAGUCUUUUGAGACGACAGAGUUAUCGGCGGGAUAUCCUGAGUAUUCUGAGAGCGUUUUAGAAAGGGUCGUAAAACUCUACUGGAAUGGGAAAGCUUCCAAUAUUUUGGAGCCUUUAAAAUCAUUUGGCAAGGUACUGCACUUAUCCAUGAAAUAUGCAAAGGAUUACGGGUCUGUGGUAUUCAAAAGCAUUGAAACCGAAGACCUGAAGAAGCUAGCUCAUUGCGACAUUCUCAAAAAUGAGAUGCAUUCAUCGUCAGAGGAGUUCAGGUCUUCUUGGUUAAAUGUUGAUGGACAGCCAGCUGAUAUUGAAAAGGUGCUUUCAGAGCCACCGUUGGAUGAUGCAACUGUGUUCAAGGCAUCAUCACAGACUCUUUCAGAUACCACUGUUGUUGCUUCACUCAGUUUAGGUGUGAAUUCCCUCACAGACAUGCCUAAGGUUUCAUCCGAGGAGAAAAGUGUGAAUCCACACACGAGCAGUCCAACAGAUCUUUUCAUACAAAAGCCAGGAAAUGACAGUGAGGAAGUGACUGCGGAAAACAAUCGGCAUUCAUAUGUAAUGCUCAGAAAAGAAAGUGAGAAAGAGACAUCCAAGAAGCAAGAGGACAUCAAUCAAAACCACAAUUUUAAUACAGAACUCUCAGACUUUUCACCUUUAGUUGAAAGGUCUACAGAGAAACUUGCAGACCUCGGCAGUGCAAAAGAUUGUUUGCAAAUGCAAACACAUGAUAAUGUAUCAGAUUCACGGUCUCUGAGCCCUGGAGACCAUGUUUCAGAUGGUGUAAAAAUCUCUGAGGUGUCUUUCUAUACUGAGACUCUUUGUACCUCUAUAGAUACAUGGCAGGUGGAAGAUGUUUACAAUUAUGGAAAUCCAGGUAAACAAGAAGCUCUGAAUAACUCCUCUGAAUGUAUUUCCGAUGAAGAAAAUCCAGUCAGUAAAGAAGUUCUGAAUAACUCCUCAGAAGAUAUUUCUGAUUAUGAAAAUCCAGUCAAUAAAGAAACUCUGAAUAACUCCUCAGAAGAUAUUUCUGAUUAUGUAAAUCCAGUCAAUAAAGAAACUCUGAAUAACUCCUCAGAAGAUAUUUCUGAUUCUGAAAAUCCAGUCAGUAAAGAAGUUCUGAAUAACUCCUUGGAAGAUAUUUGUGGUGCUGAAAAUCCGGUCAGUAAAGAAGCUCUGAAUAACUCCUCAGAAGAUAUUUCUGAUGCUGAAAAUCCAGGCAAUAAGGAGGCUCUUAAUAACUCAUCAGAAACCUGGCAGGGAGAAGAUAUUUCCGAUGAGGACAAUUCUGGAAAUAAGUUGGUUUUAAUUAAUUCUUCAAACAUCUGGCAGGCGGGAGACAUCUCUGAUAAUGAGAAUCCAGGCAAUAUGGACAUUCCUAGCAACUCCUCAAACAUAUGUGCAGUGGAAGAUGUUUCUGCUGAUGAAAAUUCAAGUGAUGAUUCCUUGUUUAUGGGAAUCACAGUGCUAUCAUCAGAAGAUGCUAAAACAUUUUUCCAACAGAUCGAAAUGGAACCUGAAUGUAAGACCACACGCUGUGGUACAGAAAAUGCCAAAUCAAGUUCCACUAAUGUGACAAAGACAGACAGUGAUGCUGAUCUUUUUGGCCUAGAGUGUUGGGAACAGGCGCCACUGUUUCAGCUAGAAGAGGAGCUAUAUGAAGCCAAUCUUACAGGCUCUGCUGCUAAACCCCAAAAAUUGGGUCAAAAUUAUAGUCUGCCAUGUCUUAAAUUGGAAAUCAAUAUGCCAAAUUUGGCUUCAACAAAGGAAUGUAUUUUGUAUGAAGGACUGAAAGAACAAAAAAGCAAUUGUCUGGAAAAAUCAAAACUGGAAGAAAAUUGUAGUCCACCAUCUCUUAUAACAGAAGUCAAAGAGUCAACUGUUGCAUCAAAUGAUGAAUGCACUGCAUAUGAAGGACUGGCAGGACAAAAGACUGCCUUUUUGGGCCAAUUAGAACAGGGACACAAUUGUAGUCUGCCUUCUGUUGAACCUAAAGACCAGAAGCCAAAUGUUGCUCUUCCGGAGACAUGCAUUGCAGAAGAAGGACUAUCCGGACAAAAAAGCGACUUUAUUGUAAAUUCAGAACUGGUAGAAUGCCGUAGUCGACCAUCUCUUAAACUAGAAAUCAAGGAGCCAACUAUUGCUUCAGCGAAAGAAUGCAUUGCACAGCAAGGACAAAAAAGUGACAGUAUGAUGCAAUCAGAACAGAGACAAAAUUGUAAUCCACCAUCUAUUAAACUGCAAGUCAAUAAGUCAAAUUUUGUUUUACCACAGACAUGCAUUACAGAUGAAGAACAGAUCAUAAAAAGUGACUAUAUGGGAGAAUCAGAACUGGGACAAAAUGGUAAGCCACAAUGUCUUACAUUAGAAGUCAAGGAGCCAAGAGUUGCUGCAGUAGAAGACUGCAGUGCAGAUAAAGGACUGACAGGACCAAAAAGUGACUGUAUGGUAAAAUCAGUGACUAAGACAGUGUCUGAAAUUCAGGGCUCAGUUGAGAGUGAGCUAACAAAGAUUCAACCAAAUAAGCAGAAAAAUGAAAAAACAAAGAUAAACGGAGUACCCAAGCCCCAAUAUUCAAAGAAAACUGCAUUUUCCAAGCAUAGGCUAAAAUCUGGUAGCAUUAGUGCUGAUUCUGAAGAUUCUGUGCUUUUCACUCCAGAUAUUGUGGUUAAAAUGAACUGGCCACAAAAGAAAACACUCCCCGGUGUAUCUGCAAAAAAACGCUGUAGUGGUGAGAGUCAGAACUGCAGUGAAGUGAAAAAAUUCAAAGAACACGGACUAGAAAGCCAAGAUAAUCCUGACAGAACCUCAACGAACCACAGAGAUAACCUACAGAAAGUGACAGAGAAAGUGUCUAGCCAAUCAAAUGACGACCCAUCCCAGGAAUCAGAAACCCUCCCGGAGCUGCAUGGUAUUCUGUCAGUGAAUAAAAUAACAAUUACAGAGCCAAAGAAAGUGAGAUUUGACUUAUAUGGUUCCAAAACAGAAAAACAGUACUAUGCCCCAGAACGGCGUUUUUCAGCUCCUGCUACAUUAACGGUCACCUAUUGCAAAGAGUAUAAUGAUACGCUUUCUGCUAAACAAAAAGUUCUCAACCAGUGGAGUAGCACCUUUAUACCUAAAACAACAAAGACUUGUUGUCCCAGGUCACCGCAGAAGGGCUCCCCUCAGAAGAAAAAACCACAGAAACCUCAGGACCUGUUAAAGUCAAAUAUGAGUGCAUUAAAAAACCAUUUGACUCACAGAGCCAAACUAUCAUCUAGUAGUGACAGAGAGCAAGGUCACUUUAGAAAACAAACUUUUCAUCAAAAGAUUAGGAAAACACUAAGCAGCUAAGCUGUCGAAGUAUCUUAAUUACUGCUUUUCUUAUGUUUACUUAAAUAUGUUUACACAUAAUAGCUGUAAUUUACACACAAUAGGUAUAAUGUGUGAUUACAGAUUAUUAUUUUGUUUAUUUUUAUUGUUGAGAGCUAAAUAAUGUAAAUUUAUUUUUCUAGCAUUUUUUGUAAUAUGCUAUGUCUCUGACUGCAGUCAUUUUGCAAUGUUACUUUGUAUGUAUAGUUUUAAUUAUUGUUUUUUCUCCAUUUGAAGUACUUCUGAAUGUUGUUGCAUUAUUAAUAUUAUUUUUUUUAACUUUUUUUACAAUUUGAAGUACUUCUGAAUGUUAUUGCAUUAUUCUUUUUUACUUUUUACUAUUUGAAGUAUUUCUGAAUGUUGUCACAUAAUGUGAAACGUGUAUAAAUAUUGUAUUUAAAAAUACAUGACUGGAAGGUUUCCUGGAAAGGCCGUUGUGUCACUUCAUACUUUUUGUAAAAAAAAAAGUUUUUUUUUGUGUU